UUUAAAUACAAUAUGCACCCAAUCCUCUCUCUCACAAAAACUAAAGACCCACUCCAGAUUUAGUAAUUUGCAAGAGCAAGAAAUCGUUGAAAUCCAUGGCAACUAAGGAACGGAAGAUACUGGUGGCGGUGGAUGAAGGGGAGGAGAGCAAGUAUGCGCUGUCAUGGUGCCUGAAAAACAUAGUCACUGAGGAUGGAAUGGAUACCAUCGUCCUCCUCUACGUCAAACCACCCCAAGCUGUCUACACCGCUCUCGAUGGAACAGGGUAUUUGUUUUCGCCGGAUGUAAUUGCGACCAUCGAUAAGUACAGGAACGACGUAGCUGAAACUGUGAUUGAGACAGCCAAGAAGCUUUGCAGAGACCAUCCGAAAGUGAAGGUGGAGACGAGGGUGGACAUGGGGGACCCAAGGGACGUAGUAUGCGAGGUGGCGGAAAAAAUGGCGGUUGACAUGGUGGUAUUGGGCAGCCAUGGGUAUGGUUUGAUCAAGAGGGCAUUUCUGGGGAGUGUAAGCAAUCACUGUGCACAGAACAUCAAGCAUCCUGUUUUGAUAGUGAAGAAGCCCAAGACUUGAUUGAAGUUGGGGUGAUGCUUUAAAGAGUUGUAAGUUAUACAUAACAAGUUGUACUCUCUUUCUUUACCUCAUUUUGUCAUUUAAUUAGUUGGCUCAAGACUUAAUUGAUCCAACGACGUAGGUUUACCCUUUUUUGUUGUGUUUGUAUCGUGGUCGUUUUCAUUUAUAGUUUGAUAGGGAGGUGGGUGUUGUUUUUUAGUAUCGUGAACGAAUGGGUAUAUUGUCAGGUGGGCGUAAUGUGCAUUACUGAUUAAAUCCCGAAAUUAUUCUAAAGGAUAAGU